GGUUCCUGGUUGGUACAGACUGUCUGUUCACUCUUCUUGCUCGUCAUCAGAGAUCUCUGUGCAGCCAACAGGUGAACAGCAGAGAACCAAUAAGCUGCUGUCAAGCUGUUACCAUGGCAACGAACAGCUCAUCCAAAUAUGACAACAUAAUUUCCAAAAGUGUUCUGAUCCGAUCAGGACCUCCUGCUGUCUACCAGCUGAGACCAAAGAAAGAGAACAUUGGAUCUCUAAGAAGAAUGACUUUUGGUGAAAGAAAUGUGAACAAGAUAAACAAAACCAUCUUGCUUGUGGGUGAAACAGGAGCAGGAAAAUCUACUCUGGUCAACGCUCUGGUCAACUACGCCAUGGGAGUGAAGUGGGAGGAUGAUGUCUGGUUUCAGAUCGUAGAGGACGAGAAGAAGAAAGAGGAUGGGGAGAACGAGGACGAGGAAAGAAGCCAAGCAGAGAGUCAGACAUUAGAUGUGAUGGUGUACCAGAUCUUUGGUUUUGAAGGUGAAACUCUGCCCUACUCUCUGACCAUCAUCGAUACUCCUGGAUACGGAGACACCAGAGGAAUCAAACAUGAUGACAUCGUCAGUCAAAGAUUAUUAGACUGGUUCCGCUCAGGAGAAGUUCAUGAGAUGAAUGCAGUGGGUCUGGUGCUGAAAGCAACUGAGAAUCGACUGAGUGACCGAAUGAGGUACAUCUUUGAUUCAGUGGUGUCUCUGUUUGGAAAAGACAUGGAGAAGAACAUUGUUGCUCUCAUCACACACUCAGAUGGUCUGACACCUGAAAAUGUUCUGAAAGCUCUCAAGACUGGAAAAAUUAAAUGUGCCAGAAAUGAAAAGAAUCAGCCUGUUUACUUCCUGUUUAAUAACCGCCAGGAUAAAGACAGAACAGAGGACACAGAAGCCCUUCAACAUGCCGAUAAAAUAACAACCAGAGGAAUGAGACAGUUCACAGAGUUUCUGGAAAAAACUGCACCUCAGAAUCUGAAGACAACUGUUGAAGUGUUGAAUUCACGAAUCAGACUGACAGCCUGCAUCCAAAACCUGAAAGAGAGAGUUGAGUUCACUGAACUAAAACAGAGAGAAAACCAACAGACUCAGGAAGCUCUGAAGAAAUAUGAAGAAGAGAUGAAGAGAAAUGAAGAAUUCACUGUAGAAGAUGAUGAGAUCUACAAAGUUAAAGAAAAUAUUGAUGGUGGAAGGAGGUGGUUGUGGAUGAAUUAUGAAGCAGCUGUCUGCUGUACAGUCUGUGAGGAGAACUGUCACUAUCCUGGAUGCACACUGGCCUGGUAUCCUGAACACUGUGAGGUCAUGAAAGGUGGCCGCUGCACUUCAUGUACCAGGAAGUGUCCUGUAUCAGAUCAUGUGAAAGAAAAGUGGAUCUAUGUGACCAAGACAAGGAAAGUUCAGAAGACCCAGCAAGAUGUGAAAGAGAAGUAUGAAAGAGGUAAAGCAGGCUGUGAGGAGACAACAAGCCUUUUGGAAACUUUAGAAAAGCAAAUGGAAAAACUUCAGAAAGAUAAAGAUCAGAUGUUGGAAAAGUCCUUUGAACAUGUUGUCAGACUGGAUCAGAUCGCCCUGAAUGUUGAUUCACUGUCCACUCAUGUCCACUUGGACUUCCUGAUUGAGAAGAUGAAGGAGAAAGGAGACGCAGAGAAGGUCCAGAAACUGGAGGAGAUUAAGAGUCGAGAAGGUAAAGGAACCAGAGCAGGACUGCGGUACAUGUCUGCUAAACUAACAGCAGCUGGUAAAGCUGUUAAAGCAGCAGUGAUGUAGCAGGUGAACACCAUCAGUGUGAGCAGCAGCUGUGUAGAAAACAAGCUCUACACUGUUGAUCCAGAUGUUUAAACAUCACAAAAGCUUUUUCAUUCUAGUUCUAUGAAGUGUGAUGAUGAUGUCAUAAGUUCAUGAGGAAAUUCAAAUGUAAUCACCUUUUAAAUGUCAGAUGUGUACUUCCUGGAAACAGCGCCCUCUGUGGUGUGGAAUGACUGCUGCUCUUCUUGUACUUCCAUGUUUGCUCACCAAUAGUGAGUUCAGUGUGCAGAUUAUCAUCAGUGCUGAAUCAUGGCAGCAGAUUUAUUUGGUGUUGAACAGCUGUUAGUUUUCUCUUCUAAUCAUGUUUUCUCCACUAUGAUUGUGUUUGUGCUUGUAUGAAUAGACGUGUCUUAUAUAUCCACCAUGAUGUCACAAUGUUGAAGCUGUUGGGAAAUUAAGUGAACUCAUUAUAAAGGAGUUUAGCCUGGAGGGGGGUUGAAACCUCUUCCUGUGUUCUGAGAGUGUUAAUAAUAUAUCUUAAUAUCUUUCUCAAUAAUAAAGAAGAUUACAGUUAAUGUGUGUUGUAUCAAAGUCCUAUAAGAGCUGAGGACAGACUGCCUCUCCUCAGUCACACCUGUGUAAUGCUGAUGAUGCUCUGACCUGCAAACAAUAAAGAUCUGCUGACAUUAUGAA